GUAUGACGUCCCCACGCUGUAUAGCUUUUUGCACUCUGUUGUUGUUUCAAAAUGGUUUAUCAAUAUUUCUGGACCAGAACUGUGGGCUCAUUGAUUCAUCGAAAAGUCGCACUCCUUGGCUAGCUAAUAUUCUAACAGAAGUGGAACAUAAAUUUAUUUGCUCUGGAACGCUAAUAAACAGACGUUACGUCCUGACGACUGCGACUUGCUUACAGAAUCGUCCCGCAAUUACCGUUUGCCUGGGAAAGUGCGACAGCUUUUCAGAUGAUGUUCUUUACAAAAACGCACGCUAUCGCAUUCCUCACGAGUCUUAUUCGUCAUCCAACCAUCAGAAUGAUAUUGGCUUAAUCAACUUGCAACCAAAUGUCGAGUACAAUGCAUAUAUAAAACCUAUCUGCAUUCGUAUAGACCCCCAACAGAAAUGGUCUAACUCACACAUGAAUGGCAGCUUAUGGUCCGGCAUACGAUAUAAGCCAAAACAUAAGAGCUCCAUUUGUUCUGAGCCACCAUGCAAGGCUAUUGGGAAACCCUUGAGCAUACCAGAUGCAUCUAAUCGGUCCGUGCAACACGGAAUCCUGAGUUUUCAGGACUCUAAGACCAAUGCUUACGUUUAUACAAAUGUUUUCGAAUUCAUCGAGUGGCUAGUAGAAAAGGCCCUCGACAUUGAUAUAAUUGUAAGUUUGCCUGCUUAAAGUUUAAAUAAUACUGAAAAAUAUAUCGCACAAUUGAACAAACCCA